AUGGAGAUGCUAGGAUACAGGACUGCAUUGCAAAUCUGUAGAGAAGACAGUGAGGAGCUCUUUACCGCAUGGCUGAUGAAUGGAGAGAUAGUGAUUCUAUCACAAGGGAGGAGGUAUGUUGCCAUGCAAAACCAGAUGCAAGCUAUUAUAGAGUCUCAAAAUAACAGCACAAUACUAGGUGUUGCAAAAGGACCGACAAUGCUUAGAAAUGAAUUCUGCGAUGCGUCCAUGGUUGAAACUGGCACUCAUGUUCAGACGUUUAUGUCUCUCUCCGAUUCAGCUACUUCUCCUUUUGAUACUCUUUCAGUGGCAGCAGUAGACCCAAAUUCUUCUGCUGUCAGCAUACUCAAUGGCUCACUGAAAAAUAAAAGGCUUUCUAGAGAAGUAACUUCCAAUGAGAUUUCAAAUAUUCAACCAGAAGUAAAUCACAUAUGCAAUCAAGAGCAGAAUUCGAUGACAAAAGUUGAGAUAUCGUUGGAGCCAAAUACUGAAGCAUUUCUUAGUCCAGUAAAUCAGUUCAGAACUGGGACAGUGUCUCAAGAACCAUCACAGAGUGGAUCAUCUACCACAGUGCUCGCCUUCUCCACUGGCUUUGAUGCAUGUGAUGAUCUUGUCAAUUCAGCACAAACUAAUUCCAUUUGUGAGAGUACCAAAAGGCCUAUAGGAGGUCAAAAUUGGAAUCAUAAAUCCGUAGAUUAUGGAGAAAACAUGUUACAAAACAAUGUGAAGGAUGACAGAAAGAAAGGAAAUUUAAUUCGGUUGGGAUCAGUUAAUUCCUCAGUAAUUUCUGACAAGGGCCAUCCUACAAAGAAGCGCCUGGUCGAGCUUUCAAGGAAGUAUAAUGGCAAGGCAAAAGAGAGAAGUUUGGCACCUGCUUUGCCGUCAGAUAUGCAAGCAGUUCUUAAGCGCUGCGAAACGCUUGAGAAGGAAGUUAGAUCGCUGAAACUUAACCUCUCAUUUAUGAAUAGCACACUUUCUAUCAACAACUUUGGCAUCUUCUUUUUAUCUUACAUGGCCACUACAGCCUUUGCGAGAGCCUAUUUGAAAGUCAUGAAACCACUGCAUGAAAAUUAUACUGCUGGUGUCUUUCACUAG